GCGUGUGACAGUCGCGCGCGCCGGAAGAAUAACAAGGCCCGGAGCCUCGGCUGGGUACAAAUAUGGCGGUGACCUGGCCUGUGGCGACACUUGGUGGCCGACCAGCGAGUAUCGAUCAUCAGCGAUUUGUCGACAUGAAGAGCUACUUCGCUUUCGUAUUUGCAGCUGUCGCUCUCUUCGCCGUCGCUAAGGCAGACCCUGCGAAGCUGAAACAAGCUGUAGAAAAGUGCAAGGCAUCUGAAAACCUAGACAGUUUGGAUGGAAUCAAGGCUAACAGACAACCCUUCACCAGUGAAGAGAAGUGCUUUCUUGGCUGUAUGACACUGGAUAUGAAAUUUCUCUCUGCAGAUGGACAGUAUGAUGCUGCUAGCACUAAACAAAUGAUAAACAACUGUGAACACCUUAAGGACAAGCCUGAUGAAAAGAGUGCUGCUUUGGCAGUUGCAGAUGACUGUGGCAAAACAGUUACUGGAUGCAAUGGCUACUGUGAGUGUGGUCCCAUGACUGUUGGCUGCUUGAUAAAGGGGAUGAUGGCUAAAGGCUAUGAGGAAUCAUUUGCCAGAAUUGACAAAGUACUUCAAAAACUUGAUGGAUAGUGUCGUCUAUUAUGCAGUGGGUACAUGGAUGGAGCAAAAUUUGGUGUCUUGAAAUAUGGAAAAGAAUCUUCAAAGAAAAUGUGACUGGAUCAAGCUUAAAAAAUAACAACUUUUUGACUAAAUAUUUAGAUUAGUAAAUGUAUUUACGCAAGACCAAAAAUGUAAUUCUCUAUGAAACAUGUCUAUUUUAUAUAAGCAAUUCAUACUUGCAUGUACCUACAUUGUAAAAAAGUAAUAAAUGAACAAGAGAGUCACUUGCUUUGAGGAA